ACCUACAAAACUAGAGAUGGAUGAGAUCAAUGUUAGUUCUAUGACAACAGCAGGACUCAUCAACCAAAGUUUCACACCUGACAAAGAACUUGACCCGAGUGAAAGUUAUUUCCUGGGUCGUGCUGAUGCACUCAAUUCACACGUGAACACAGAGCAGGACCCAGAUGUGAAGGCUGGAUGUGGACGGUGUGUUCGUAUGACAGAAGUAGCACCUUCUUCCAGUCAGAUCUAUGAAGAUAAUUCCAGCAAAGAAAAGAUCAGUAAAGAACAUGAUUGGAAAAUGUCAGUUCAGUUGUUUUCAUCCAAAAAACAAGGAGACAAAGGUGAUCCAGCUUGGACAAAGAGAAUCAGGUCCUAUUACAAAGCUCAAGAUGGACUGAUAGAGACUUAUGAGAACAUUGAGGAAUUGGAGAAGAAAACAGCAGAGGAAAGAAAUCCAGAACCUGAAGGGAAGAAAUCCAGUGCUGCUCUCUUAGCUAAACUCAGUCUCGCUGCUAAUUUAAUUCUACUGAUAGCAAAACUAGCAGCAGCUAUCUUGUCUGGGUCAAUAUCUGUUAUCUCAAGUCUGGUGGAUAGCAUCGUCGACUUUGCCUCGGGUAUUGUUAUUUGGGCCACUACCAGAGCAGUGAAAAACCGAAACCUGUAUGAAUAUCCACAAGGUAGAACUAAGCUGGAGCCUAUAGCCAUUGUUGUGUUAUCUGUUAUAAUGAGUGUGGCGUCUCUACAGCUGAUCAGGGAGUCGGCAGAAAAGCUUGUAGAUCUUGCUAACUAUAAGUCAUCAGCACCUAGCUUCACAAUACCAACAAUUGUUAUAACAUCUUCCACAGUCGUGAUCAAGCUUGUAUUGUAUCUGUUAUGUCGCCGUGUCCAAAAGCCUAGUGUCCAAGCUCUGGCCCAGGAUCACCGUAAUGACGUGCUGUCCAACUCCGUGGCCCUUGUAUGUGGAUACAUAGGGUCUCAAGAUAUGCAAAAUAAUGUGUCUGAAGCUUAUGGCCUUGUAUAUAUAGACCCUUGUGGAGCUAUAGUCAUCUCCAUCUACAUCAUCAUCAGCUGGUGGAUCACAGGCUGGGACCAGACUAAGAUGUUGACAGGUUUUACUGCCAAACCAGACUUUCUGAAAAAGAUCACAUGGGUUUGUGUCAAUCACGAUCACAGGAUACGUUUCGUGGAAACAGUUCGAGCUUUCCACUUCGGAAAUAAUUUUCUAGUAGAAGUAGAUAUCGUUUUACCCCAGGAUAUGUCCUUAUCUGAAGCACACAACAUAGGGGAGCCACUUCAACAGAAACUAGAACGACUGCCAGAAGUGGAGCGAGCUUUUGUUCACUUAGACUACAAUUUUGAUCAUGAUCCAAAAGAUGAGCAUAAGGUUGUGUGAUACUUGGUAGGGUUCUCAGACUGUGAAAAUGUUGUGGAAUGUUAUUUAUUUAUAUCAUGUUAAAUCUUUGCGUA